UCGAACAUCACUUUGAAAGGUCGAAACUGUCGAAACGUCGAACGCGAACCUGGGCAGGUUCGCGACAUUAGUAAUCUUGUGCUGCGAGCUAGAGGAUGCUGUACUGACGGGGCAACGGCAACUGAUUAGAUUCAACAAGCGAAGAAUGUCCACGGAAGCGGCGACGGCCAUCUCGGCAGCCCCGGCGUCGCACUCAGACAGCGGGGACGACCUGAUGUCGGACUUUGUGGUGCUGUCGAAGUCGCCCCAGGAGGAGAGCCUCCUGGUGGUGGAGAACCCGGCCCUGGCACAGCUGCAGCUGUCUCUGCCCUCCGGCGACAUCUCGCUGGACGAGGCGGAGCAGUGCGUCCGGGACCUGCUGCGGGAGAACAGGGAACUCAAGGAUGUGCUGGUCCAGAACUCGCAGAAGCUGAGGGAGCAGUAUGAGACCUUUGUGGACUGGAAAGAGCAGUUGAGCCGGGCCCACGAGCAGCACCGCCAGGCCCUGGAGAGGCUGCAGGGGGAGAAGGAGGCCCUGGCCGCCCAGGCAGCCCGGCUCGGGCAGCGGCUGAAGGAGUCCGAGGAACGCAGCGAGGCUCUGGGGAGGGACCUUGCUGAGCAGACGGCAGGCCUGAAGCAGCAGCUCAAGGAGGCCGAGCAACGCUGCACCCAGCUGCAGGAAAAGGUGAGGGCCCAGGAGGAGCUGUUGGCCCGGGAACGCCGUGGCUCCGAACCCGAGAGCCCCACUCCAAGUCAAAGGUCCCAGGAAUUUCUGGUCUCCUGCGAACCUGUUCCCGGUCUUGUGCCAAAUGCCGGAUCUCAGAUGAGUGUCUCCGACGUGCUGGUUCAACUCCACCAGGAGCAGACCAAGACUGCGCACCAGUCGGAGCAGAUUCGGUACCUCAGCCAGGAACUGCUGAAGCUGAACCAGCACGUGAAGGAGAGCUCCGAGCAGACGACCCGUCUCAAAGAGAAGCUGAGCCAAGUCGAAGCCAGGAAGGCUGAGGUUGCCUACCACGAGACGGCCAGGCUGGCGCAGCUGGAGGCAGCCCUGUUGGAGAAGGACGCCGUGGUGCGCGCCCUGCAGGAGCAGUCCGUCCAGCGAGCCUCGGAGGUCGACGAACUCAGGCAGGCGUUGCUCAAGGCCGAGCAGAGGCACGAAAAGGCCAAGACGGACUACGCGGAACUACUCAGGACUUGGCAGGAGUUUGAGAGCUCCAACGAGAGUGGCGAGCACACCUUUGUGCAAGUGGAGGCCAGGCCCGGGGCACUGCGCAGGCAGCUGGAAGAGGCCCGCAAGGAGGUCCAAGACAAGCUGGUGGCGCUGGCCGAGCGCGAACGCCAGCUUACUGGGCUCAGGGACGAGCGGACGCGCCUCCGGCAGGAGCUCGAGCUCAUGCCCCCCCUCCAGGCACAGGUUGACCUCUUCCGGACGGACUACAUGGCGGAGAAGGAGGCGCGUGUCGGACUGGAGUCGAAGGUGCGCGAGCAGCAGCGAACCAUCCGGGAACUGCAGGAGCGUCUGACAGGGCUGGAGCUGGCUGAGCAGAGGACGUCGAGGGCCCAGCCUGCUGACAGCCAGGCAUCACCUGGGCAUGAGUCGGCGUCCCCGACAGACUCAAACCUGCCGUGCCCGCUGUGUGGCGCCAGUUGUUCCACCCGCGACGCCUACAUUCGCCACGUCCAGAGCUGCGCGGACAGCGACGCCGGCUUCCGCUAACCGUCGUUGCAUCACCCGUCCUCGGGAGUGGCGGGAUCCAAUAAAACGCCGGUCUGACUGGAGCAUUGUUCUGCUCCCCGUGAACGGCCGAGAAGCACGUUUACCGAGCUGGUGAGCUCGUAAUAAACUACCGAGCCAUUGGUCCCAUCGCUACCCAGCUCUAGUAAGGAUGGGAGACUCGUCUUUGUAUUCACGUUUAUUCAUAGUCUGCUUACUAGUGCACAAAUAUGGCGCUGACGCUCGAGGCUCGCGGUGGUUGUGCCGGUCAGUUUGCUUUUGUCAGCAACUGCAAUUUUAAUGUUUUUUUUUUGUUGCAUAUUUUGAUUUGUUUGAGUUGUUUCAUUGAACAAGUUUUAGACGACUGCACAUUGUAGUUUCUGUCAGUAGCAUAGUUAGACUUUGGGAAACAAAAGUUGUCGAAGCUUCUGUUUUCGGUAAACGGAAGUAUGAAAUGAGCAAGCAAUUUCUGGCUUGCUAGUUACUGGCAAUGGGGACCGGUAGUCGGUGGUGCGUGUCUUAAAAAUCUUGGCCGUCCAAAAUCAUACACUAACUACGUUCUAGCGAAUGACGAGAAUGUAUCAGUUCGACUCUUAAUGCGACAUACUUUUUGCUGCCCCGGUAACGAGCAAAAAAUUAAAUUGUCUGCCAAUUGAUGGCUUCGCAAAGGUAAACAUCUUCAUUUAGCCAUUGUGUUAGAGGGGCCUCUUUGCGUGAUCUUUCGAACGUGAAAUGCGUAUCUGUUAUCUGCGGGAAACUGCAUCAUGCAUCGUGUAGAAGUUGUUCUCCUAGGUCUAGUCAAUCGAGCGAGGCCUUAAGUGAUUGGUUCUCUACUCUUGUGUCUGACGACCUGACAAACUUGCGUUUAUUCGAAGUUCAACAUUGGGAUAGAAUGAAGAGUUAGUGCCAGGUUUGUUUUGUGAGGAGUUGGUCUUGUUAGAGAUGCUAAGAUUCCCCCGGUCCAUUGAACCAGAAAACAGCGAUCUACAGUGUUUGAUCUUACUGGAGUGCAGUGUUGGUUUUGUGCCGGGGACCCAAAUGCUGUAGUGUGUUGGGCCGUUUCUGACCGUGAUUAUACUGUCUCGAGCCUUGACCGUGGUGCAUACCUCGAUUGACUUCAUAAAGUGCUGUGAAUGAUUGCGAGGCAGCCAGUGACUUUUUUUUAAAACGUUGGAUUGAAAGUAUUUUUAUGAAGCAACGCGUCAAAAAAGCUGUAACGAGUGCUGUUAAAAUUUUGUACUACUUUGAUGACUGUUUUGUAUGCUUAUUGGACAUAAUCUUAAAAGUGUUGUUUUACUAAUUGAUGGCACAAUUAGUUAAGGUCUCCUCACGUGUGGUUAUGGUGCCUUGGACCUUGAUUGUUGGAUUCGAUGGGUUGUUUUCAUGCAUUUUUUGUUGGUUUUUCACCUGUGGUAUACGGUGACCUGUAUUUGCAUUGUUCACCACGGGACCCCAUUUGUUUUACUGGUGUUUGCAAAGCUGGUAAUUUUAGUAGUAAGAGUUUUUGCAAAGGCUGUUUGUAGAUUCUCCUGUGAGUGUACCCAUUUUGGGCCUUACAAGCUAGCUUGGUCACACAAAUAUUAUCCCCAUCAGUAACCUGUCUCUUCUGCUUUAGUUGGUAAUGCUGUUUCGUUGGACAUAAAAUUCAUUGGGGCAAUCCAUCCAGGUGCCAAAAGGACAGAUGGGUGUAUUUUGUUCCUUUCUAAAUUAUUUUUUUAGCAUUUGUACGUAGACUUGCCGAAAUAUAUAUUGAAGUUAUUGGUUGGAGAAUUAUAUUUGUUGCUACGGUGGACGUAUGCACCUUUUGCUAUUUGGAAGACCCGAAUGUGGCUAAUGAAGAUAGUUGAUUUAUUGCUUUGAAGAUGUACUCCCGUGUGUGUGUAAUAAAAAAAGUUUUCGCUUCCA